AAAAAGCACAUAUCAGAUGUUGAGCACUUCAAGUCUGAAGAAAGUCCGUCCAGUGUGUAAGUGAAUGCAACAGAACACGAAGGCAGCUCAUCCGAGGGGGCUUGUUUCACAUGAAGAUCAAAUCAGCACUCAGCAAGGGCAGAUGGAUGAUGCUGAUACCUCAAUCCGGAGGUGUGGAGUGACAGAUGACAGAGGGAUUGAUACAGCGGGAGAGAAAGUGAGGAGUAACGCCAGAAAGGGUCACUGCCGGCGGUAAUGGAAAACAGCGGCAAAGUUCAGGCACAUCGAUCGGGAGGCGUGGAGAAAUCAACCUCAUCAUCCACUCUGACCUGAAAGAAGCCUUUUGCAACACCUCGAACACAACCAACCACAGCUGCAAGAUUACAGCUGAAUGCAGAUAUUGAAACUGAUUGAUACUCAUCGACAACUAGAAGAUCUGUCGUUGUGAGAAGAAGCAGCAGCCAUGGAUAUGAGUAAACUAAUUUUCAGCUCUAAAUUAGAAACUCCUAAACUCUCAGAUCCAUCAAGAGGUGGAUGCGACUGAACGCCACGAAGCAACACAGGACGUUUUGGCUCAGCGUACACCUUGAGAACUCAUCGCCAAUGACUUAUUGGCAAGAAAUGGGAGAUUCAAACUACAGGGAACAAUUUGAGGCUGUUUGCAGCUAGCGAGACUUCAUUGGAAUAUAAUAAAUAACACUUGCAGCUAGUUCCUCCCAAUCCCCUCUUCCCUAUCACUCUCCAUCCCCUAAGUUGCUCCCUCCCUGUUUUUCCCCUUCCCCCAGAUCCUUUUAUUCAUCAGUCCUUGUUAAUUGUGUUAGAAAGAAUCUAUUUUGGAAGACACACUUCAAAACUCUUCAAAUAAGUCUGUCUCAAUGCUGAGCACACUUCUCUCUCCACCUUCUUCUUCCCUCUGCUGGUGAAGAAGGUGAAUUAGUAGGGUAAGGGUCUCUCUUUGGGAUGGGUGGCCCAGCGAGGGCUCUUCUUGGCGGAUUCAGCACCACCACUUCUUCCCUGGAGGUUGGAGGUCGGAUGGCUUGGCCAAGCAACAACCCCCUGGAUCUCAACCAAACCCUGUCGUGGGGGGUAGGGCUUGGCGCUAGCGGUGGAGGUGCGGCAGCCAUGAGUGCAGGUGUGGACAAUUUCACCCAGGGGUCUGUCACCAGGGCGGUGAUGAAAGAGAAGAACUGGCCGGCGCUUCUCAUACUUGUCAUUAUCGCAUUGACGAUCAGUGGCAACAUCCUCGUGAUCCUGGCAGUGUCACUGGAGAAGAAGCUCCAAAACGCCACCAACUUCUUCCUGAGGUCACUGGCGGUGGCAGACAUGCUCGUAGGCAUCCUGGUAAUGCCGAUCUCCCUCAUCAACAUCCUCUAUGAUUACGCCUGGCCUCUCCCCAGCGCUCUGUGUCCAAUCUGGAUCUACCUGGACGUGCUCUUCUCCACUGCCUCCAUCAUGCACCUGUGCGCCAUCUCCCUGGACCGAUACGUCGCCAUCCGCAACCCCAUAGAGCACAGCCGCUUCAACUCCAGAACCAAAGCCAUGAUGAAGAUCGCCGCUGUCUGGACCAUAUCUAUAGGUGUGUCGAUGCCUAUCCCAGUGAUCGGCCUCCACAACGAAGACAAGGUCUUCGUCAACGGCAGCUGUGUCCUCAACGAGGAGCGCUUCAUGCUGAUUGGCUCCUUCGUGGCCUUCUUCAUCCCAUUGGUCAUCAUGGUGGUGACGUACUGCCUCACCAUACAGGUGCUCCAGAGGCAGGCCACUGUCUUCCUGUACGAGGCAAAGACUUCCUCCCAGCAGCCUUUGCACACAACAGCAAUGACAAAUACAUUACAGCCUCCAACCACCACCUUCCCCACUCCUCAGAUCAACACACUCGCUCCUUCAGACUCACAAGAGAUAAAGCCCCCGCCUCCUCAGAGCAGACGAAACACCUUGAGCUGUCUGAAAGGAGCAGAGCCCAGCAUACUACUCAGUACCUCGACGCCAGACAGCAUAAGCAUUAUUCCCAGCUCUGAGGUGGCGUCUCAGCUCAGCUCCCCAGCAGCGGGGCCAUCGCGGAGCGACACGUCAGGUUGCCAUGGGCGACGGGGGAUGAUGCAGGCUAUAAAGAAUGAGAGGCGUGCCUCCAAGGUCCUGGGAAUCGUCUUCUUCCUCUUCCUUAUCAUGUGGUGUCCCUUCUUCAUCACCAACGUCACCUCCGUCCUGUGCCAGGGCUCCUGCAACGAGUCGCUACUUCACGACCUCCUCAACGUCUUCGUCUGGGUAGGCUACAUCUCCUCUGGAGUCAACCCUCUGGUCUACACCCUCUUCAAUAAGACCUACAGGAGAGCGUUCUCCAGCUACAUCAGGUGCCAGUACAAAGUGGGGGCCAACGCAGCUGGACAGAGUGGCAAAACCCUCCUGGUCCCCCCACCAUGCCCGUCGCACGCUGUGACACCUCUCCUGAUGGGCAGUCAUGGGAAAGCAGGCGUGGACCGCAAUAGUAACUGUCGCAACGGUGGUAGGGGGGAUAACGGGAGGCUGACAGUUGACCCAGAGGACAUGACAGAUGACGAGACACAAAUCGGAAUAGUGUCACAGAGCCUCUCCGAAUGCCACAACAUCGGCAUGCUUUCGGAAAUGGAGCCGGAAACUGAGGUGGAGCAGGAGCUGUCUCUCAUCAGCUACAGCCCAGCCUCCAGAGAACACACAAGCAGCGUGUGAUUGCGUUCUUUUUGUUGUUUUAUGUCGUCUUUUUAACCUUCAGGCGCUGGGCUGAGCAACGUUUUCGAUGAGCUGGUGCUGGGAGCCUACAGCGUUUUUUUAUUGGAUGUAAGUGGGUGCUGUUAUUGUAAAAGGACUAGUCUCUGAGGAGCCUUAACCCCACACUGAAGUGCACUACUUACAACUCGUUAGAGAAGUCAGAUUUUAACCUCUGAGAUGAAAAGGUGUGAUUUUCCACAACAGUUUUGAAAUGAAAGCCAACAUUUCAGACGUAUUUGUUUUCUAUGUGAUGUCAAAUUGUUGGUUUUCAUUCCACAAAUGGAGAAUAAAAGCGUUAAGCUGUGCUCCGCAGCAGAAAAUGUGGUGUACUUCAUGGGGACUAAGGUACCAGCUGAGAUCCAGACAGGGACGAAGCAUACAUGACAAGAGACAGUCAGUGAAGAGCUUAUUGUCAUUAUUAACCUGGUAUGAAGUCAAAAGGCCCUCAAUGGAGUCCCACUGAUGCAGGUUAAAGAGUCAAGCGCCAGCCGCUGAAGUCAACGGGGUCAAACUACGACUUCAAGCCUUCACACAGUCACAAUGCAGUCCAAGCUUUAUGUGGAUUCUCUCCACACCAAAGCAAACUAAACCAAAUCUAUUUUUGUGCCGGUCAAGCUUGAUAACAACAGUCAAAAAAUAUAGCUGAAUGAACCUUUCCAGCAUGUAUAAUCAAACUAUUCAGCCGGCAGAAAUGGAAUUUUUCUCUAAAGGAAACUUUCUCAAGGCUGCAGUGAGAAGUUUGUCUGGAAAGGACACGAGAUGAAGGAAUGUACAACGACCACACUGGUCUCUGGUGGACUCACAGUGCCAUCUGGUGGUCGCAUGACGCAGAAAGGAUGCUUCCCCUUUGGAUUGAACAAGGUGGCUAAAAUGAGCUAAAAGCAUGGUGCAGGCCUUUAGUCCAAAGCAACUGUCAGGCUCUUGCUUGCGUUGAUCAAUACAACCACUUUGGAAAGAAUAAAAGCCCCAACUUCCAAUAGGUUUUUACUGAGAACAAUCAAUAAAUUUAAAAUAAAAGGGAGCAGGUAAAAGGUAAAAGUUUUCAAUAAAACGGUGCACAAAAGGUUCCUAAGAUAUAAUUCUUAAAAACAACAAAAUAUAUAGAUUUUAUGACAUCAGCCACAGCUUGCUAUCUUUCGUUUGGUCUGUUAAGCCUCAUAAAACAACUCCAAGAUCUUCCUCAGCUGUGAUCAAAUCACACAUACCUUUUAUUUUCCCCAACAGUGGGAUAACAUUUGACCAACCAGCUCUUACUGGUUUCACCACAUGCAGUAAAUCCAUUUCACUGAUGAAUAAGAAAAGGGAAACUAAUAAAGGAUUUUAAGGUUUGAGUCAAAUUAAAGCGCCGAUUGCACAUGUAUGUAAGGUAAAUUCAGUUUAUCCAUCUUUAAAUUUGUUGUCCCACACAUCUAUCCAGCUGUCAGCAAGCUACUUAAUAUACAUAUCGUAUUAUCAGAUGACAUAUCCGAAUAUUUACAUCAUCUGCGGGUAUAAAUGUGGGCUGUUUCAGAUUCAGAGCGUCGUCUCUCUCUCUCCUCUGACACGUUCCUGAUUGAACAAGAAGUUCUCCGUCAUUUACUUUUUGGGAAUUGAUGGAUUUUUAUUCAAGGUCAGUCAUUACAUCAGUCCUUUUCCCUCCAAAAACCCCUCAGCUGCAUGAUUUCCAGUCAUGCUACGGGCCAGAAUUUACUAAGACAGCACAGUGAAAGCCAAAGAGGACAGAAAGAAGAUUUAUGCUUAUAUUUAGGUGAUGGGCUUUAGGUUUAAACACUGUUGCCUGUAUGCUCCGAUGAUAUUUUUUUAGAGAGCAAAGCCUGCCAAAAUCUCCACCCGAUGGUCACAAACUUUAAAUCUUUGAUCUGUGACUGCUUUACAAUCCGGCGCCAUAACACUGAGUGCGACUCAAAAGACCAAACACCUUUAGAUUUCAAUCUCUCGCAUAAAACGGACAUAAAGUCGAUACGCUAAGAGACAGACCCUUGACUCCAUCAAGACAGGUCACCAACCCUCACAGCCCCUGUCACGCUGAUUUUCUCUCCCUCCCCCCUGACAUUUUAUCGACAUCUGACAUCCUAAUUCCUCCACACUGCGUCUCCAUCAGCUGAAAUAUCUGCAAUACACUGCCUUAGAAAAAGAUUAAAUGUUGUGUGGAUUUGAAAAGGGAACAAGUCAUGGUGGCAAAUUUUGAUUUCUUAACAACAAACUCACCUCUUAAGAGCUAAUAUAGGAGAUAAAACCUGAAACUCGUAUGUAUUUAGAGAUUUACUUUGUAGGUUGAGCUCAAUAAAGCUGAAUGGUUGUGUCGUGAAGGUUGUGUCUAAACUACAUUUAGAAAAGGGACGUUUUAAGGCAUCACUUAAAGGUGCACUCCAGCAAUUUUACACAUUCACAUUUGAGGUACUAAUAUUCUGUGGUGAGUUUGAGACUUUUUUUUUAAUACAGAAAGCCUAGUUUGAAACUGUAAGUUUGAAAGAUGAAGGCAUUUAGGAGGCUGGAAGGGGGUUUAAUGAAAGAUGCUAUUGAGUUGCAUUAUGGGAAUUGUAGUUUUUUUUGGAGACUGAUCUAUACUAGAGAUUAAAAGUCAAGAUAUCUAAGCCUCUGCUGGUUUGAUUUUGACCAAUCUUUGUUUAAAUUGUCUCUUUUUACUCCCUUAACUUUAUGGAAGUGCAAUACUAAAUUGCUGCAGUGUCCCUUUAAAUGCCAAAAAAAAGCCAAACACUGAAUGAUUAAUUUCUGAGUUUUCCUUGCAGGCAAGAUAUACUUUUCCACCAGUGAUCAAUAUUUAAUUCAGUAAUAAUAUCCCUUGAGCAACAAGACAGCCAGAAUUACAAACACCUGAAUGUAAACCCCAUUUUUACCCACAAUGUCCCCUUCAAGGUCAAAGAGCAAACGUGAAAGUGAGCAGUGGACCAAUCAAAUCUGCAGCCACCUCUGCAUACAGUUAGAAUGAAACAGAAGACCUGGGAGUCACUUCAUUCUAAUUUUAUGCACCUCUGUGUAAUUUAUCCAAUAUUUGUAUCCUACAGACUUACACGGUGGUCAGUCGCACCACUUUUCUCUCCACAAGGAGAGGUCUACAUGAGCUAAUGUUGGCAAACUAGCACCAAGGUUUGGCCUACAAAUAUUGUGCAUGUUUGAAGUGAUGUUUAAAAGGUCCUCUCUGCCUCACUUAGUUUUUCUUUUUUUGUUCUUUCUUAUAAAAAGUUUGAAGGAAUGAAGCAGUGCAUUAAGGUAAGAAAGAACAAAGAGCAAUCAACAAAAAUGCACAUUGUGAACAGCUUGCAAUUCCUGCAGGCAUUUCAUCUGCAAAAUAGCAACAUAAACAAACAUAAACAAAAGAAAAACUGAAAAAAAAAAUGGAGAAGAGAGGACUCUCUGAACUUAGGUGAAUGGGUCAUUUUGGAUCCACCCAAUGUGUGGGCAAGCAAAGAGCUAAAGCCAGGCCAACCAACUCAGUAUGUCGCAAUGUAAUAACUGUAUGUUUCCCGUGUACCUGUGUGUUUACCAGGCCUGGCUCAAAUUGCUGUCUGAGAUUUUUCUGUGGUUUUUUAUCGAUUGUGUCCGACACAAUGGAUUGAAUCAGAUUGUCCCUGAAGAUGCCAAUCCUGUCCGGCUCGCAGUCCAGAAAGAUGAAAGCAAUCACUCUGAGAAAGUAUCUGGAGGGAUUUCAACAAAUAAUUCGAUCUGGGUCUGGUGUGUAUAGAAAUAGUUGGAGCCGUUUAUUGACAGAGUUUCAGUUUAAUACAUCUGAGGAGGCCUGAUUUUCCUCCUCCAGGACUACUUUUUGUUUCUAGGCUUCUUGUAAGAACUACUCCAGAUAAUUAUGUAGUGCAUUUACAAAUGGUCUAACUCUAUAAUGUUUCGUGCCCAACAAAUCAAGCAUAUGCACAAGCUUGAAGGAAAAAUCCAAAAAGUAUGGAUCAAUAUAAAUUUGUAUUUCCAGUGAAGCUACAUCAGAAAUUUCGAUUUUGUGAAAUGCACUCAUUCGUUUUCUUGUCGAGACUUGAGAUGAGAGCGAACGAUACCAAUCUCAUGUCUGUCUGUUCCCAAUAUGAGCCAGGAGACGGUUAGCUUAGCUUAGCAUAAACACUGGAAGCAGGGGGAAACAGCUAGCCUGGCUCUCUUCCAAGGUCAAACACAUUAUAUAUCUUUUGUUUCCUCUCCUAAAACUGACAAGUGGUGGUUUUAUGGGGAGCUUUGUGUUGGAACUAUUUUCAAAAUAUUACCCUCCGUAAAACCGCAACCUGUCAUUUUUGCACAUGUAUGAAUUUAACAAACAAUAGAAAUGUUGUUAAUUAGUGAGAUCUUGAAAUGCUGGUAGGCAGAUUUUCUUACCUGUGGACAAGGCUAACUGUUUCCCUAUGCUUCCAGUGUUUAUGCUAAGCUAAACAACUGCUCAUAUUUAUCAAUCCUCUGAUCAAACUUAAAAAGUGUAUUUCUCAAAAUUAUUCCUACAAGUUCUUUGUACCUUAAUGCAUAAAUUGCAGCACUUACUGUCAACCACAAAAUAAGUCACUAAUCAUUCAUAGCAAGUCAAAGAAUGUGAGAGAUAUAAAAGGUGGAUUUUUCCUUGAAUUUUUCUCCCUCUACAGUCCCUCCUCUCUGUUAAAUGCCAGAUUUAGAAGUGAUAUGUUUGACUCAAAAGAACUCACAAGAUCCGACAGUUUUAACGUCUAAAUGUUAAAAAAGUAAAGUUAAAAGUCAAUGUGCUGGCUUUCAUUAGGCAAGAAAACUUUCUUUCCCAAGCUGUCUUUUAACCCUGCAGCUGUCUCAUCCGUCUUCCCAAAUAACUCUGUUUGGGAAGACGGAUAACUCUCUCUCUGUCUCUCUCUCUCUCUCUCUCUCUCUCUCUCUAGCAACUCUGUCACUAAACGGCUCUGAGAAAUAGCCAGAGCUGAAGGUUGUUCAAGAGUUUGGCAAACCCGACUUCUCCAGUGCACCUUCCCUGCAUUGAGCACUGACUCGUGAACCAGAGGUGUCUCUGAUGCUCGUCUGCAUCAGUGCAGAUCGGUUGUCUGGUUUGUCUCGCUCUUGUAUGAUCCGGCGCUCGUAGGUUAGCUCUCUCUUUUUAUGUGUUGAACCUUCUUCUGUUAUGCAGUGGCUGUUUUUAUUUUUAUUUUUUUAUACCAUUUUAAUUGUGAAUGUUUGUCUACGACACAUCUUCUUAAGUUUAUACAACAAUUACGCCAUCAUCCACACAAUGUAUAUUUUCUUUUUUUUUCUGUGUGAUGCUGCUAUU